AUUUGUUGGUAAAAUCUUGAAACCUGUCACUUAAUUGAAAUUUCAUGUCAUAAAUAUUUUGCCGUCGCGCACUAUCUGUGAAUUUUCCUUUAUGUUCUGAUUAUUAGUGUCUAAAAAUUCCUAAUAAUGGCGUUGACUAACGUGUUGUUGUUGAGUCAAAUAGCUGGAUAUUUGGUUGGGCUGAUACUUUCUUUAUGCAUCGUAGUUCCUAUGAGCAUGCAUCAAGAUGAAUUCAAUGGCCACUGUUUGCUGUUCUCACAUGGCGACUGGCAGGACAGUGGGCAGCUGUCCGUGGAGUGGGCGUCACGUGCCUACUGCAACUAUGUCAUCCUGGUUGGCAUCAUCAUGUUCAUUGUGUGCUCUGUGCAGAUAUACAGGUUGUCGAUGCUGAUGUACCGCGGGGAGGACAGUUCGUUCCUGUCUGCCUUCAUCGAGGCGGUGGGGUGCACGGCGCUGUGCCUGCUGGCCGUGCUGGCAGCGCUGAUGGUGACGCUCGGCUUCAUGACCUGGUGCACCAACAUCGUGCAGAGGUUCCCUAGCUGCGAGGACGCGGUCGGGCAGAAAUUUGAUACAAAGGAUGAGAUAUCUACCGACGGUUUCUACAUGGAGAUAGGAACAGCGCAGUUCGGCGCGUGGGCGGCGUUUGCGACAUGGGUGGGUCUGGCGGUGUUCUCGACGCUGAAGGUGUGCCGCUACCACCAGCUGCAGAACAUCCAGGUGUCGAUGUUCCGCGAGCGGCAGCGGCUCGUCAACGACAGCGGCUCGCCCGCCGCGCCCGCCCCCGAGCUGGACGGACGCUCCACGCCGCCGCGGGGCUGAGCACCGCAUCGUACCGGACUACACACGAAACAGCCAGUCCACAUCGACUAGUAAUAACUCAUACGUCGCUAAUCUUUAAUGGUAAAUAUAGACUACCAAGUUUUCCCAGCAUUAUAUGGCGCAAGAACUGCCAGAUGCGUUUAAUUACGACAAAAUUUGGAUAGAUCUAUACGUAUGCGACUUGUCGCAAGUAUUUCUAGCUUCAAACUUGCAAAAGUUACCGUUGCAAGUUUUAUUGCUAAACAAAUUUCGUUCAAGAGUUACCUCAACACAAACAUCAUAAUUUGUCAUGAGUAAAAUAACUGACUGUUAGUGUCAUUGAAUGAAUUGGUGGUACCAAACAAGGUCUUGGAGUUUCUCGUGGUGGACAGCGGCUUGGGUGUCCUUGGCAUUAUCAUUAGCUCGUUUUCUGGCUAUAAAAAAAUAUUACAAGUUUAUCAGCAUUACCUGUUUCUACUUUGUCUCUUUUAAUAAAGAAUGUAAGAAAGUACUGACGUAAAGUAGGAAUAAAGGUUUACUGUUUAUUAUUUUUUUAUAUGCGCUUCCCAAAAUAUAAUCUUGUCGAAUGUAUGAUUUAUAGUUCUAGGGAGAAUAAAUAUUACGAAAGAACAAAAAAUUCCCAAAAAAAAUUUAGAACCAAUUGUUUUAAUUUCGAUGUAAAACUGUAAAUUGUUAAAGUUAGAUCGAAAAUAGGGUAAACACUAAUUUAAUUGUUUUCUUAAAUAAAUGACAUUCAAUAACUUUCUCAUUUAAUAAAACCAAUUACCAUUAAUGAAUUCUCUAUAUUUAUUUGCAUUAUUCUUAUAUUAGUGUUUAUUCAAAAAAGGUGAAAAAUGACAUCUUUUCAUGUUAAUAUUUAAUAAGUAUUCAGUAUUCGUUCCUUAAUAUAGUAAUUUUGGAUCAAAAUGUACAAUUCUGUAUUAAAAAAAAAUAUAUAGUGUUCGUCUGCACAGAAAGGGAAAUGAAAAAAGGUAAACCAAAUUUAUAUGAUUAUGUAAAGAUCUGCAUCAUGCUAGUGUAUGUGAUAAUGUUUAUUAUAAUUUCAGAGUUUUAUUAUUGUUUUUUAUAAAGCUACGUAGUAAGAAGUAAUGUUUUUAGUUUUAGUAAGACAACCUUUUUACAAAUCAACUCUGUUUAAUAAUAUAAUGAAAUUAAUCAGUGUUUAACAAACACUGUUCUUUAUUCUUGAGCCAAAUAAGCAAAUCAGUGAUUAAACAGUGUAUUUAAUAAAUUGAUUAAAAUGUUUAUUGGCAUUGUAUGGUACUUCAAUUUUAUGUCAAAAUUUAACUUCUCGGAUCGAUUUUGCAAAUGGGCCAAUCAGAACGAAGUUUGAUUAUAUCACUCGCAUAUUAUUUAUUUUGAUUGGUUAUCUUCGUGAUCGAUGUACAGUCAGACACAAAAGUGGCUGAACAAAUUCAAAAUUUCACAUCGCCUUGGAUAUAUUCAUAAAAAAAAAUGUGUAUAAAAAAUAUGAAAUUUUUAAAAUGUUCAGCUACCUUUGUUUGACUACAUAUAUUGAUCAAAAUGGUUAUUUUUUUUAGUAGGGGGUAAA